UUCAAUGCUACCAGAUCUUGACAUGUGGACAUAAAACAAUACCAGACUCAUCCUUAACUACACUAUGCUACUUGUAGUUUACCUCUUAUGUCAACUAUCCUACAGGUCGCUUACCAGCAGCCUUAUCACCGAUUGUGUCAGCACCCUCAACCAUAAUAGCAUCAGUAGCAUGUGAUGUAGCAUGUGCCUUCACAUCCCUCACUGAGGGCAAGACCCUGGUCUCUAGAGAUGAGCUUUGCCCUGGGGUUCUUUAGUCCUGGUAAUUCUGGUAACUGUUACUUGGGAAUAUGGUACAACAAUAUCCCAGUUAGAAUAGCUGUUUGGGUAGCAAACCGGCUCAAUCCAAUAAACAACUCGUCUAGCAUGUUGAUGGUAAACAGUUUAGGUAGUCUUGUUUUCUAAGCCAGAAUAGAAAAGUUGCUUGGUCGGCAAACUCAACAAAAAAGGCCUGGAAUCCAAUAGUCCAGCUUUUAGAUUCAGAAAAUCUAGUAUUAAGAGAAGAGAAUGAAGAAAACCCAGAAAAAUAUUUGUGGCAAAGCUUUGACUAUCCUUCUGAUACUUGGCUACCAGGAAUGAAGCUUGGAUGGGACUUAAAGACUGGUCUGGAACGGCGCAUGUCUCCUGGAGAACUGAGUUGGGGGGUUGAACUUCAUAAUUACACUGAAACAGUCAUAAAGAAAGGCACCAAGAAGUUCUUACAGACCGGACCAUGGAAUGGCCUUGGUUUCAGGGGUGUACCAGACUUAAAGGACAAUCCGGUUUACACCUACGAUUUUGUCAUCAACAGCAAUGAGGUAUACUUCAUAUUCCACCUAAUUAAAAAUUCUGUAAUCUCAAGGGGAGUUUUGAACGAAAAUGCAUCCUCAUAUGAGCGUGACAUAUGGGUCGAAUUAGAUAAAAAAUGGAUCACAUACAUUUCUACACCAAAAGACAAAUGUGACACCUAUAAUUUAUGUGGUCCUUAUGGAAAUUGUAUCAUUGGUGAGUCACCUAUCUGUCAAUGUGUAGAAGGAUUCAAGCAUAACUGCAUAAGUCACCAGAUACAUGGAACCCAGAUGAGUGGUUUAAGGGAUGUGUACGUAUUACCCAACUGAGCUGCCAGGAUAAAGAUAAAAUUGGGUUUGUUAAAUUUGUUGGGCUCAAAAUGCCAGAUACCACGUAUUCCUGGGUGAACGGAAGUAUGAAUCUUAAUGAGUGCAGAGUCAAAUGUUUCGACAACUGUUCCUGUACGGCUUAUGCAAACUCAGAUGUUAAAAAUGGAGGAAGUGGGUCGCACCAUGUGGUUUGGAGAUCUAAUUGAUAUUAGACGGGUUGCAGCUAAUGGGCAGGAUGCUUAUAUGCAGGAUGUAUAUAUUCAAAUGCCUGCUUCAGAGCAAGUCAAUCCUAAAGAAGUGAAAGACAAGAAAAAGAUGAAGGUGAUAGUGAUAGUUGUUGUUGCAAUUGCCGUAGUUUUUGGGGUGCUCUUGAUUACCUACUGCAUUUGCAAAAGGACAAACUUCAGAGCAGAGAAAUUGGAGAAUAAUGUGAUGAUAGACCAGAACAUUAAAGGCCAAAGUGAAGACGUGGAGGUCACAUUCUUCACCUUAGCUACCAUAGCCAUUGCCACUAACAACUUUUCAAGUAAUAACAAGCUUGGUGAAGAUGGCUUUGGACUUGUAUAUAAGGUAACUUUGCAGCGUGCUUUUAUAAAGAUCACAAAAAAUCAAUUCUCAUCAUACUCAACUUCAAUAAAAAAGCUAUUUGGAUAUUUGAAUUUUCAAGGUACUCUAAUAGAUGGAAAAGAAAUUGCUGUGAAAAGGUUUUCACGGAGGUCUGGACAAGGAUUGAAUGAGUUUAAAAAUGAAGUUAUAGUAAUCACCAAAUUGCCACAUCGAAAUCUUGUUAGGCUUUUGGGCUAUUGCAUUGAAGGAGAUGAGAGAAUGCUAAUCUAUGAAUACAUGCUCAAUGGAAGCUUGGAUUCCUUCAUUUUUGAUCAAACAAGAGCUAAAGUUUUGGGUUGGUCUAUGCACUUCAACUUUAUUUGUGGGAUUGUGCGAGGGCUUCUCUAUCUUCACGAAGAUUCUAGAUUGAGGAUUAUACAUAGAGGCCUCAAAGCAAGCAAUGUUUAACUUGAUAGUAAGAUGAAUCCAAAAUUUUUUGACUUCGGUAUGGCUAGAAUUGUUGGUGGAGAUCAGACUGAAGGAAACACAAAUAGAGUGGUUGGAACAUAGUACGUAUUCUCAACA